AUGAGCGCCCAAUUAGCUCCAAAAUGGUAUCAAGCUGAAGACGCUCCAGUCCCAAAAAACACCAGAAAGACUGCUCGUCCACAAAAAUUACGUGCCUCAUUAGUUCCAGGUACUGUUUUAAUUUUAUUAGCUGGUCGUUUCAGAGGUAAAAGAGUUGUUUACUUAAAACACUUAGAAGACAACACCUUAUUAGUUUCUGGUCCAUUCAAAGUUAACGGUGUUCCAUUACGUCGUGUCAAUGCUCGUUAUGUUAUUGCUACUUCAACCCAAGUUUCAUUAGAAGGUGUUGAUGCUUCAAAAUUCAACGUUGCUUACUUUGCUCGUGAAAAAUCAACCAAAGCUAAAGGUGAAGCUCAAUUCUUUGGUGAAGAACAACCAAAAAAACAAGUUAAAGCUGAACGUGUUGCUGACCAAAAAUCAAUUGAUGCUGCUUUAUUAACUCAAAUCAAGAAAACUCCAUUAUUAAAAGAAUACUUGUCUGCUACUUUCAGUUUGAAAAACGGUGACAGACCACAUUUAUUAAAAUUUUAG